AUGGCGGAGAAGCCAGCGGUUCUCAUCAUCGGAGGUCUCGGAUACAUAGGACGAUUCCUCGCAUUACACAUUCAUAAAAACAAUCUAGCAUCUGAAGUUCGGAUUGUGGAUAAAGUGCUCCCGCAGCUAGCAUGGCUGGCACCAGAGUUUGCGGAUGCUUGUUCGAAUGAUAAAUUCAUGCAAGCGGAUGCCAGUAAAGAGCAAUCGCUACCGAGAAUCUUCGAUCGCGCGGAUGGGAAACAAUGGGAUUACGUCUUCAACUGUGGAGGAGAGACAAGAUAUUCACAAGAAGAUGAGGUCUACAAGGUUCGCUCGCUGGCGCUGAGUAUUGCGGUUGGAAAAGAAGCUGCGAAGAGGGGCGUCAAAGCUUUCGUAGAACUGAGUACAGGAAUGGUAUAUAAAUCAGAUUCGACACCAAGUAAAGAAGGCGACAAAUUGAAGCCUUGGAGUAAGAUCGCGACUUUUAAACUGCAGGCCGAAGAGGCACUGGCUAAGAUUGAGGGAUUAAACCUCAUUAUUGUUCGUUUGGCACACGUAUACGGCGACUAUGCUUCACAAUUCGUUUCUACUGCCCUCACAAUGGCACGCAUCUAUCAACAUCUUGACGAAGAAAUGAAAUUUCUGUGGACGAAGGAUUUGCGCGUGAAUACAGUAAACAUAAAUGAUACUUGCAGAGCGCUUUGGGCGGUCGCAGAAUGGUAUGCCGUCUCUGAAAAGCCAAACUGGGACGUCAAAUCUAUGGGCAACAUUCCUACUUUUAAUGUUGUGGACAAGGGGGAAACAUCACAAAAAACCAUGGCCGAACUUAUUGGUCAGAUUUUUGGCAUCAAAACUGGGUUCCAAGGACAACUCGUUAGCACUUUCGCAAAGAUGAAUUUGGAUAGUGUUGUGGAUGAUAUCAACGAAGAGGUACUUGGUCCCUGGGCUGAUCUUCUCGAGGAAGCGGGCAUCACACGACCGGGCCCUCUUACACCAUUCAUGGAGAAGGAAUUGUUGAAGGAUACCGAUUUGAGCAUGGACGGGAGCAGGAUUGAGAAGGUAGUCGGGUUCAAGUAUGAACACCCAAAAAUUACAAAGGAAUUGUUGCAGGGUAUGAUCGAUAGUUAUAUCCGAAUAGGCUGGUGGCCUGUUGCAAAAUAG